CUCCUAAACAGCCAAAAUCUGUUUCUGCUUGCCUCCUUUGAUCGCAAUCAUGGCCAUCUCUUCUCUUCUCCUCAGGCCCUGCCCUCCUAUUCUUUCCACCAAACCAACCGCUGAAAACAGCCACAGAUGCUAUACGAGCAAUAGACUGGGAUUGAGGUGUUUAACUUGCAAGAACAGUCUCAGGAAAGAGACUGCAGAAACUUCACCCCCGAUCAGUGCAACACUUUUCAGUGAUUCCGAGUAUAAGCAUUCGUGGCUGGAAGAGCUAAAAAGAGCAUAUCCAUCUGAAAUUUCAAGCCAACAAUGGGAAAAUGAUGAUGAAAAGUUUCGAGAAUUGGUGGAUAAAAGGGGCGUGGACAAUGUCAGAAUGUUAAUAGUAGACUCUGUGAAUCAUGCAAAAGCUGGCCACCCUGGAAUGGCUCUUGGGAUGGCUGAAGUGGGCUAUUUUCUAUACAGGCAUGCCAUGAGGUAUAAUCCGAGGAAUCCCAAGUGGUUCAAUAGGGAUAGGUUUGUCUUAAGUGCAGGGCACGGAUGUCUUCUUCAAUAUGUUUGUCUUCAUCUUGCUGGAUUUCAAUCAGUUCAGAUUGAAGACCUGAAACGUUUAACUAAGCUUGGUAGUAGGACUCCAGGUCACCCAGAGAACACAAUUACUGAUGGAAUUGAAGUCACAACUGGCCCCCUUGGGCAAGGCGUACCCAAUGCGGUUGGUCUGGCCCUAGCAGAAGCACACCUGGCUGCUAGAUUCAACAAGCCUGAUGUUGCCAUAGUUGACCACCGAACCUAUUGCAUUAUGGGGGAUGGCUGUGCUAUGGAAGGCAUAUCACAUGAAGCUGCAUCGUUGGCUGCACACUGGAAACUUAAUAAGCUUACACUAAUCUAUGAUGACAACCACAAUACUAUUGAUGGUUCUACAGACCUUGCAUUUUCUGAAGACAUAUCAGCUCGAUUUCAGGCUCUAGGAUGGAAAACAAUUACAGUGGAUCUCAGGAAUGGAGAACUGAAAUUGUUUGAGAAUGCACUUCUCUCUGCUUAUGGUGAGACUGAGAAACCGACUUUCAUCAGGGUCAAGACUACUAUUGGGAAAUUGUCGAAGAAGGAAGGAACUUCGAAAGCUCAUCAUGGUACCUUUGAUGAAGAUGAUGUAAAACAAAUGAAACAAAAGGUCAAAUGGGAGAAUCAGCAGCCGUUCCAUGUGAUUCCUAUGAUCUAUAGGGAAAUGCAAAUUCAGGCGGAUCAGGGAGAAAAGUUGGAGGCGAUGUGGACAUCCAAGCUGCAUUAUUACCAAACUGCAUAUCUGGAGGAAGCGGUAGAAUUUAAUGCUCUCCUUCAUGGUGGACUAGUUCCAGGCUGGGAGAGUUCUUUACCGCAAUGGUCAAUAACUGACCCAGUGGAUGCAACUCGAGGGUAUUCGGAGAAAUGUUUAAACCAACUUGCUAAAGUGCUACCAGGUCUAAUUGGUGGAAGUGCAGAUCUUGCCAGCUCUAAUAAAGCCUAUCUUCAUGACUGCGGAGAUUUCCAAAGGGAAAAUUACAAGGGAAGGAAUAUUAGGUAUGGAGUACGAGAACAUGCAAUGGGUGGAAUUUCAAAUGGUAUUGCGCUGCAUGGAGGUGGUUUAAUACCAUUUGCUGCAACUUUCCUUAUUUUCUCCGACUACAUGAAAAAUUCCAUCCGACUCUCAGCUCUCAGUCAUGCUGCAGUUACCUACAUUAUGACUCAUGAUUCAAUUGGCUUAGGAGAGGAUGGACCAACACACCAACCCGUGGAGCAGCUUGCUGGCCUAAGAGCAAUUCCUCGCCUAUUGGUUUUUCGACCUGCUGAUGGCAAUGAGACUGCUGGAGCUUAUAAGGUAGCUGUUGCAAACAGAGAUGUGCCUAGUGUUAUUGCAUUAUCAAGACAAAAGUUGGCAGCUAACGUGGAGGGAACAUCCUCAGAUGCCGUAGAAAGAGGAGGGUACAUUGUAAGUGACAACUGUGGUGAGGAAUUACCAGAAAUCAUACUAAUUAGUACUGGAUCAGAGCUAUGUCUCUGUGAAGCAAGUGCCAAUUUGCUGAGGAAGGAGGGGAGGAGAGUGAGGGUGGUUUCAUUAGUGUGCUGGAGACUGUUUGAUAGGCAACCACAGGAAUACAAGGAGGAUGUGCUGCCAUCAGGAGUUUCAAAACGUUUGAGUGUCGAGGCAGGCUCGCCAUUAGGCUGGAGGGAAUAUGUUGGGGAAAAGGGCAGCGUGCUUGGUGUGGAAGAGUUUGGGGCUAGUGGCGCAUAUUUGGAUGCAUUCAAGAAGUAUGGCUUUACAGAAGAAAAUGUCACCAGAAUAGCAAAGUCGCUUCUCUCCUGUUAAAACUUACAGAUAUUAGGAUGAGUGCACCCGUUUCCGAGAAGAAAGAGAUGAGGAAAUCUUAUUCCUUUCCUAGGUCAAAUACAUUCCGGCAUAAUCAAGCAGGCGCAAUAGUUUUCUAGCUAUAUAAUGAUCUACAAAUAAGCUGCUAGUGCUAGGUGGAGACUGGAGAGUUUGCUGGAUACGUUUCUGUUUCUGAGAGAUUAAGAGUUUGCUGGAAACGUUUUUUUCCCUGCUUAAUAUCUUUCUCGACUUGAUGAUCGUACUUCAUGAAGCCUGCAAUAUAUGUAAACUACUUGUUGAGAAGAAGCUUUCCAAUGUGCAAGUAAGCAAUCUACCCUGUCUGGCAUAGGAAAAUAAUGCUCCUCAAUUCAGAUUUAGGUCGUUUACUCAUGAUCUGAACCUCAGAUACUCAUCUUUU